CCGCCCCCGGAAGCCGCGGCGCGGAGCCGGAAGCGGGCGACGGCGUGGCGCAGGCAUGGCGGGUAGCUCGGAGCCGCAGCCCGAGGCGCUCCGCCCGGCCAUGGCGGCCCCCGCGCUGCUCUCGGUGCUGCUGGCGCUGCUCGCCGUCGCCGUCACGAUCCUGCUGUGGCGCCUCGUGCAGGGCCGGCGGAGCCGGCGGAGGGCGGUGCUGCUGCUGGGCCUCUGCGACGCGGGGAAGACGCUGCUCUUCGCUCGGCUGCUGACGGGGCGAUACCGCGACACGCAGACCUCCAUCACCGAGAGCUCCGCCCUUUACCGGGUCAGCAAGGACAAGAGUGCCAACGUGACCUUAAUUGACCUCCCAGGCCAUGAGAGUUUGCGGCUUCACUUCUUGGAGAGGUUCAAGGCUGCAGCCAGAGCUAUCGUGUUUGUGGUGGACAGUGUGGCCUUCCAGCGGGAGGUGAAGGAUGUGGCGGAGUUCCUGUACCAGGUCCUGGUCGAUGGCACUGUGCUCAAAAAUGCCCCCGCGCUGCUGAUUGCUUGCAACAAGCAAGAUGUUACCAUGGCAAAAUCAUCAAAACUUAUUCAGCAGCAGCUGGAGAAAGAGCUCAACACCUUGCGAGUGACCCGCUCCGCAGCCCCCAGCAGUCUGGAUGGCUCAGCCACCGGUGGCCCAGCCCAGCUGGGGAAGAAGGGCAAGGACUUUGACUUCUCCCAGCUUCCCAUGAAGGUGGAAUUUGUGGAGUGCAGCGCUCGGGGCAGCAAGGGAGAGGAUGGAGAUGCUGACUGCGAGGCCCUCGAGAAGUGGCUGGCCAAGAUCGCCUGAAUGGAGAUGGGCAGGGCUGCAGGGAGAGACCUGGGGAGGCUGCGGACACUUGGGAACUGAAAGGGAAAAGAUGGUCUGGAGCACUCAAGUCUCAUCUUGCUGUAGAAAGAAGAAACUUAAGCUGCAAAUCAGCAUGGUGGUAUCUUCCUCUGCUGCUCAUGGGCUUGGGAGCAAAGUGACAUGACUGCUGGUGCGAUGUCCUCUGACCAUCUUCACAUGGGACGUUCUUUUCCUGCCCCACCUCUCCCUUUUGUUUUUCUUUGGGAUGCUUUCCCUCUGGGAGUCUGUGUUUCCUGACUCUUUAGGCUUUUCACCCAGUAGUUGCCGAGCAAAUGUGCACUGCCAGGUGAGGGUUAGAAAUUGGUGUUUGUGUGUUGUCCUUUGCCUUGGUUUUGCAUUGCAAUCUUGUCACCUCUUGGGGCUACCAAUACCUCCUGACACCUCUCACACCUCUUCAGUAUGAGGGUGGUGAGGCACUGGAAGUUGCGGCUGCUCCAUCCCAAGGCCAGGUUGGAUGGGCCUUGGGCAGCCUGAUCUAGUGGGACAUCUAGAGGGGUUGGAACUAGAUGAUUUUUAAGGUCUCUUCCAACCCAAACUAUUCUAUGAUUCUAUGGGGGAUUCCUUCCCCAGCCUCUCCCUGCCUUGGAGCCUGUGCUCCUCACCUGCGCUGCCCUGGCAGAGAACAUGAAUUCUCUCAGCUGGGCAAUCAUUAAGGAGAGCAUAAAAAGCUGUUUUCCUCUCUGUCUCCUACCUUCCCAUUCUUCCAGGGUGCAGUUCCAUUCCUGUGGGACUGGAGUGCUCUGUAAAUACCAGAACGGGGCUGGCUCUGCCUGUGGCCACCUGCAGUGCCCAUGUUUUGGGGUGAUUUCCACUGUUGUGCAGUUCUUGGGAGUUUGUCUUUACCUGACAGCUCUGUCCUGAAAGCUUGUUUCAUUCUGCUUCUCCUGCCCAUCCUUCAGGUUCUUGUCCCACAGCGAUGUACGUAUGCACUCCCUCCAUGUGGCAGAGUUCUCGUGGGGUCUUAGCUUGAAACUACAGGCAGGCAUGGUUUUAGAUCCAUUCCUACAUUGCUCGUGAGGUCUGGCCUGAGGGGCAUUUGCUGUGCAGCCCUGGCCUGUCUCCUGCUCCAGGGGCUGCAGCAAGAUCUUCUCUGUGUGUCAUCAGUCGUCACAAGGUGGGAAGGAAAGACAAGGAGCUGCUGGCAUGUUAGCCUGCAAGUGUGGCUCCACUUUUGUGGGGAAGAUGCUCAACAAAGAGGAGCUUGCGAGAGGGUGAGUGCAUGCUCACGCUGCAAACUGGGAGCCUCUGAAACCUCUGUUUUGUUGUUUCCCCUUUUGUUUUAGGGUGGGGGGUGGUGGCCAGCUCCUGGUAGACCUGUCUUUUGCAGGCUCCUCCCCUCUCUGGUUUGAUGCUUCCUUCAUCACUCAACUGGUGUGUUUGGUUUCUCCUUGGUCUGGGGCAUCCUUGGCCUCCCCGUAGUGUUGGGAGGAGUUUGAGCAGCCUUCAGCAGAGGCCUGUGCUCCUAAUGCCGCUGGUCCUCGCGUUUUGAGCCUUGGGAACUUGGUGGCUCUUCUGCUCUGCUUGCAGGAGGUAGGGAGGGUUAGGCUUUCAAAGUACGUUAUAGUCUUCUAUUUCCUACAGCCACGGUAUUGUUGGAACUUGUUUGUUGUGCUUAAUCUCCUUUAGCUGGAGAGCCUUUCUGAGCUGUUUGCUUUGAAUCCGUAUGGCUAAUGGGACAAUAUUGCUGUUCAUUUGGGUGGUUAUUCUGCUUGGAAAGACCUGUCUGUUAGGAGGCAGAGGCUCAGCCUCUGCUGGGGUACAGUAGCAUUACCCUGUGGCCGGUUUAAAUUUUCUCUUAGUAAAAGUGUUCCUUAAGUUCUGCUUAAAUGUUUGUUCUCAAGCCUUGGUUUAAUCUGUCCGUGGGUCUCGUCUCAGCGGUGUCAGAUCCGCACGGACUGGGGCUUCGCUUCUGCUCAGCACAACCCUAGAGAUGAACUUUCCUCAGGUCUGUGUUGUUAAAAAACAAUGCCUUCUCCAUACGUAGCGUUUUUUGGGGGGAGGAAGUUUGGGUGGGUAUUUAAUCCUUAGUCUGAGUGUUGGAGACUUGAUUAUCAUUGAAUCAUGGGAUGGUUUGGGUUGGAAGGGACCUCAGAGCCCAUCCAGUCCCACUCCUGCCAUGGGCAGGGCCACCUCCCACUGGAUCAGGGGCUUCAAACCCCAUCCAACCUGGCCUGGAACCCCUCCAGGGAUGGGGCAGCCACCACUGCUCUGGGCACCCUGGGCAAAACAUUUCUCCCUAAGAUCUCAUCUCCAUCUCCCCUCUUUCAGCUGAAAACCGUUCCCCUCGUCCUGUCCCUGCCCUCCCUGAUCCAGAGCCCUUCCCCAGCUUUCCUGGAGCCCCUUUCGGCACUGGAAGCUGCUCUAAGGUCUCCCCUGAGGCUUCUUGUCUCCAGGCUGAACAACCUCAACUGUCUCAGCCCGUCCUCGUACGGGAUAAAUCAGCCCUUGGAUCAUCUGCCAUCCUGUAGGUGCCCCUUUCUGCUGUGUGUGCUGAGCGCUGCGGUGCCUUCUGGUCCGGUGUUGCUGCAGGCAGGGUGGGGGGUUGCAGGUGAUGUCCUGCAGGUCUGGGGCUGCGAGCAGAGCCUGUGCAGCCCCUCCUCGCUGCGG